AGAAGCUGCAGGUUACAAGGACAGCUUUUAAAAUGUCAAGAUUGGCUCGUUCCAACAGAGUAACACCAUCUCAUACUCGAGCAACUCAGGAUAAUAAUCCGAUCAGGUUCGAGGGGCGUGUUGUGAGGCAGGUUAGAGCAUGGGCCCAAGUCUCGGAUCUCGCCGGUUUCCAAGCUCGAUGCCAAGCAGUGGUACACCAGGUUGAUGAUCUGCUUCAAUAUGUCGUCGAGCAUCCACUCACCAAGGACGCCGAUCUAGGCUUUCGACCGUUCCAGAACCUAAUCCCAGUGAUCAAGUUAUCGAGACUCUUUCUCAACAAGCUCUCUAGAGUUAGCAGCGACAAACCCCAUCCGUUCUCAGAAGUGAGCCCCGACGAGCUGACCAUCCUAAUCAAAGCAAUCGUCCGACUGCCCGACAAGAUCAACACGUUCAUCAACCGGAUGGAAGAUCACUUCAGCCGGAUCGGUGUGGUCGAUUCCGAAAAGGUUUUCGAUAUCUUGGAUCACUUACAGCGUCCCAUCAAGAUCGUCAAGCAUCACCUCGACCACCCCGAAUCUCCUCAAGGUUUACAUCUACAAUAUCGACGAUGGAUUGAUGUCUGGAACAGUCACCUAUGUCGAGCCGGCUGCCGUGCAUCACGUCCUCACGCAACCUGGAAAAAUGACAUUCAUCGCUCUUAUUAAAGCUAGUAACAAACGUUCAUGAGUAACCAAAAAAAAAGCAAGCGUCCAUCAAAAUUUUCAACUCGAUUCAUUUGUAAAAAAAAGUGUUCACUUAAACACCUAUCUGCUUCAGUGUUGCUUCUCAAGGCUUAAUGUGAUACAUACUUCCGAGCUUUUUUG